AUGAGCGUGAACGGAUUCUCGGCUAUCGUCGAUGGCCCUUUGGCCCAGUAUCUCCAGAUUUCCGCGAAAAUUGGCGGAGAUGUCGGCGAGCACUCGAAAAUGGUCCGGGAGGCUUUUGGGGCCCAGUUGCAGUACGUCCGGCUAGCCAGCGAAUCGGCUCAACCCGCCCAAAACCAACUUGGGGGCCUCCUCAAGCCCACCAGCGACAAAAUCAGCGAGAUCCAGAGCUAUCGUGAGAAGCACCGCACUUCGCAGUACUUCAACCAUCUCUCAGCUAUCAGUGAGAGCAUCCCUGCAUUGGGAUGGGUCACAGUGAGCCCAGCUCCUUCACCUUAUGUGAAGGAGAUGAACGAUGCAGGGCAGUUUUAUACGAAUAGGGUGCUGAAGGACUGGAAGGAAAAGGAUAAGAAUCAUGUGGAAUGGGUUAAGGCCUGGGUUCAGACAUUGAGCGAGCUGCAGGCUUAUGUCAAGCAGUAUCAUACUACUGGGUUGGUCUGGUCAGGUAAGGGGGCAGCAAAGGGGGCCGCCCCGCCGCCGCCGCCCGGCUGCCCGCCUCCCCCUCCGCCCGUCGUCGACUUCGACCUGGGCGGCGCUGGAGACGCCUCCCUGGACCGGUCGGCGCUAUUCGAGCAGAUCAACCGCGGCCAGGACAUCACGAGAACUCUCAAGAAGGUCACCUCCGACAUGCAGACACACAAGAACCCGACGCUACGCCAGGGUCCGGCGCCGUUCAAGCCGGCGCCGACGACCGGCGCCGGCAGGGGAACGGCCGCCCCCGUUGUAGACCGCCCGCCGGUGUUCACCCGGGACGGCAAAAAGUGGCUGAUCGAGCACCAGAAGGGCAGGCAGGAUCUGGUGGUGGAGGGGGCCGAGAUGAACAACGUCGUCUAUCUGUUCAAGUGCGAGAAUACCACGGUGACGGUGAAAGGUAAGCUGAACUCGAUCACUCUGGACUCGUGCAAGAAAACGUCGGUCGUCUUCGACAGUCUGGUAUCUGUCGUCGAAUUCAUCAAUUGCCAAUCAGCGCAGAUGCAGGUGCUCGGCAAAGUGCCCACCAUCUCCAUCGACAAGACGGACGGAUGCCAAGUGUACCUCAGCAACGAGUCUUUGGAUGUGGAGAUCGUGAGGUCGGUACAUUUCUUUAUGAAAUUUGCAUGCUUUAGAUAUCAUGAGAUGGGUUUUUUUCGA